GAGUUGCUAUGGCUACCCCAGCAGGGGUGGGAAAGUUGUGUGCACAGGCUGUACACAGCUCACGCUGCUAGCGCUACAUUUCACCAGAGCUCCCCAGAUUGCCUCUGCAGCAAAAACAAAGAGCUAAGAACAAUAUGCCCAUUGUAAAAUAUCCUAGGACCGUAGAGCCUCUCUGGACUGAAUGGGACAGGAAAGCACAGAAAUGUGGAUUAAGACAUACAAUUUAUGCUGUCAAUAGGGAUCACUAUACUGGAGAAUGGUUGGACAAUUUGAAGCAUGGUAAAGGUACACAGACCUGGAAAAGUACAGGCGCAAUAUAUAAUGGUGACUGGAAGUUUGGAAAACGGGAUGGAUAUGGAACAUACAGCAUUCCUGACCCUGUAACUAAAGAAUACAAGAAAGUGUAUUCAGGCUGGUGGAAAAAUGACAAAAAAUGUGGCUAUGGAAUUAAGUUUUACUCGGACAUGGAAUAUUAUGAAGGGGAAUGGAGUGGCGGGAAAAGAAGCGGCUGGGGCAGAAUGUACUACAAGGAUGGAUCCAUUUAUGAAGGACAAUGGUUGGAAGACCAACACAGUGGCCAAGGAAUGCUUCGCUUAACAAAUGAAAAUCGGUAUGAAGGAAUGUGGAAAGAGGGAAAGAAACAUGGCCUAGGAAAGUUUUUCUACCUGAAUAAAGGCCAGUUGUUUGAAGGUUUCUGGGUAGCAGAUAUUCCAAAGUGUGGAACUAUGAUUGACUUUGGACGAGAAGAAGCUCCUACUCCUACGCAGUAUCCAAUACCCAAGAUUGAACUGGCCAAUCCAGAUGAUGUUUUAGAAGAGGCCCAGGCAAUGCUUGAUGACAGCCAAGAAUGAGAAAAGGCUACUGAUAAAGAUAUGAGAAAAGAACACAAGACUCAUUGUUACUUCUUCAUUUGAAUCAUCUUUCUAGAUCCAUGGUAUAUGAGACGGUGUGUUUUGUAAAGCCAAGAAGAAGCACCCAAACCCACUUUGGUCUCAAGAAAUUAAUUAGCUCCUCAAAACUGCCACAAUGUAUACUUCAUUCUGAAUUUCUAUUCGGAAGGGAUCCAUUUUACUCAGGAGUUUGGAAGCUGAGGAGGCCUUAUAGGAAGAAAUAAUUCUGUCCAUAUAUAAAUUAAAAGUAGGUGUUGACCUCCUUUGACACUAUAUUCUAGAAAACCUAUGUCUGAUUGUAAACCAAUUUCCAGGCUGUUUUAAUACCAGAUGGCCAUGGUCAAGUGGUCUGAAAGCCAAGCACACACUAGCCAUACUUUCAAGUUCUAGUCACAAGAAUUAAAGUAAUGGCACUCUGAAUUAAAGUAAUUCUGGAAGGUCUGUAUUUUUAUUUUCUUCAAACCAUAGCACUAACUCAAUGUAAGGCUAGUGCUACUGUUCAAAUUAAAAACAGACUAGUACAGAUGGGUCAAUGGAGAUACGUGCUGGCAUAGAUGUCAGCCUGGUAUUACAGAAAGAGGUGCAUUCUGCUGGUGGCUGUAGUUAGGGUUUUUAUAUGGGCUUGCUUGACCUUGCCUUCUAUACAUCCCAAGAGUAUUAAUUUAGUUUACAAAUUUCUGUACAUAGGGGUAGCUUUAUUGGAACUAAGAAUCAUUUUCAUGCUGCACUGAACACCAUUUAAAAAAAUUAAAUGAAAAUGUGAGAUGGA